CUCACAGCGCCAAAAACCAGCCAUGUCUUCGACCGCCGUCUCCUCACUCGGAUACUACCUGCAGGAGGGAUUGAGGAACUUUGACCUCAGCAACUGGAUGCGGAACUUCGAUUUGGCGAAUACCUUCAAGGAUUUCGACUUGAAGACUUUCGGUUGGUUGGCUCUGGUUGUUGUGGCUGUCAUCUUUAUUGCUGACCUUUUCACGAAACCAUUUUUCCCUUUGGGAAGAAGUCUGGCCGUCUCGGCUGCUGACACUUGGCAGAAGAACAGGCACCAGAUCACUUUCGAUAAAUUCGGAAGAGACAGUCGAUCCCUGGAACCAGUGACCGAAGUCCUGGAUGCUCUGGCUGAUGCUGUGAAGAAAUGGGAACAAUCAGAAGAAACGAUUUUGAGAAAGGAUCGAUCUUCCUACGGUGGUCGUGACCUUUGGCAGUCCUAAUAAUACUCUAGGCGAUUGAGACUGACCUUAGCUUUCUCCGUUGUCUUUCAUUUGGUUUUAUCUGUUAUAUAUUUAUGUUAUUUAUUUAUUACAUAGAUUAUUCUAUGGUAUGUAAUGUUCUUUGCUAAUUAUAAAUAAGAAAACCAUCACGAAUUGUU